UGAAUUUCAGGUGUAGUUACACUCUAUGGCCAGUAGACGUCUCUGUGUGCCCAGAAUCGUAGAAGAAGAGUUGUAGUUGGAAGGAUGUGGGAGUGAACAGCGGCAGCAGGAACUCUUCAGUCUGAUAAAUGACUGAACUAUGGCUUUCUGUACUUCACUUUCUCCUCACCUGGAGCUCUGAGAGCAUUUCAAACACAGGGAGCUCACUUUUAGUCACUGGACCGUUUGCUGUCACCGGUAGACAGUGUGUAACAUGCAGCCACAAUUGUGGUGACCUACAACAGCCCGAAGAAGUCACAACACUGGACGGCUGACAGCGGACUGCAGCCUGGAUGUGAUAUUGGGUCAGUGUGCGAGGUUGUAACCCUGCCUGAGAGUGAGAUGUGUGGACCUGCGCUGCGUCUGUGCCUGCUGCUGUGGAUAGGAGGGGCGGCUGUUUCAAGGACAAAAGGUCAGGUUUUAGCUCCUGCCAGUCUGACCGCAGAGGUUAACCACCCCCUCCUCCUGGGCUGUAACAUCACCAUGAAGCCCAGCGACUCUGUCCGCCAGGUCCGCUGGCUCAACAAGUACAACAAGGUUCUGCUGGCGUACGAGCAGAGCAUGCCGGUCAGGAUCAGCCUUCAGGAUCCUAACGUGCAGCUCACAGCUAAUAGCAAUGACGCCUCAUUCAUCACCAUCAAGAGCGUGCGGCCUGAAGACGAGGGAUGCUUCCGCUGCGUGUUUGACGUUUUCCCUACCGGAGCGCAGGAUGCUAGGACGUGCGUUAUUGUCACAGGUAGAGCGCGCCAGGAGGGUAACAAGACAGCCGUGAACGGGAAGUCCACCACCCUCUCCUGCUGGUACACCCUCCCUGGGAGGGUGCACCAGGUGCUGUGGAGGAAGACCGCAGAGCAGGGCGACUCCACGACCGUCGCCUCCUACGCCAAGCAUGGCAAACACAGCACGGCGGAACAGUUUGUAGGUCGGGUUGAUCUGAGCCAAAGUCUGGGGGACACCCAGCUGACCAUCAAGGAGGUGAGGACAGAGGACGAGGCGUGCUACACCUGUGAGUUUCACACGUAUCCAGACGGGACGAAGAGCGCCACCACCUGCCUCUCUGUGUAUGUUUUGCCCAAACCAGAGGUGAACCAUGUCACCUCUCCCUCAGGCUUCACUGAAGCAAACUGCACAGCGCAAUCCCGUCCAGCAGCAGAAAUCACGUGGGAUGUCGGUGGGGAAAACAAAACCGUUGGACCACCCGUUUCCUCUUCCUACAACCAGGGCGACGGCACGAUGAUAGUGACGAGCACGCUGUUGUUCCAAUCAGGGCUGCUCAGCGACUCAUCCAUCAAAUGUAUUGUGCAUCACCCAGGACUGGAGAAACCGCUGACAGUAUCCCUGAACUCAGAUGUGGGUCCAGCCAUGGUCAUCCUGCUCUCUGUGUGCGGUGUGGCGGCCAUCCUCCUCCUCUGUCUGUGUGUCUGUUGCUGCAAGUGCUUCAUCUGCACCGAUGACUGAUUCGGAGGCUGGCAUCACUGCUGCUUUGAUGAAGGUCCAGCCGAGCUCGGAGCCUGACCUAGCUGCUCAGCACCGUGCCCUCCAGUUCAGCGUGCAGAGGAAGGGAACAGAGCGGAGCUGACGGUGCUGAUUCUGCUCCCUCGGACUGUGACAAUACCACCAAUGCUGACAGACUUCUCAUGUCUUUUAUCAGAAGUAAACAGAACUUAAACUAGUUAAUUUAAGUCUAAAGAUAACUUUAGUUUUCUUGAUUUGUGAUAAUUUUCUUGUGAUACAAAAAAGCCAUUAUUAGUGUUCACAUGGCGGCCAUUUCCCUUUUCUUCCUUUUCAUUAACCUCACACUCAAGGCUGAAAAAUUGAUUGUUCUCUAAUGUUUUGAAAUUUUGAGACCUAAAAAUGGAGAGAGUCCAACCUUUGAUAUCCUUGCGCCUUAUUUUGGUUGAUGAGCAUCUGUGAAAAGACAUUACGCAAUGAAAACAUGGAGAAUACAGACAUAUUUUGACUUAAAAGGAUAUAUUUUCAAUCCUCACAACGACCAUUGGCUAAUAAUAGCAUCAGCUAGAAAGUGGCUUAAAGCCAAUGUUACAUAUUGAUAGUCUUUUAGGUUAUCUUAAUUAAUGUGUAUAUUACAUGUUUAAAUCACUUUCUAACAGUUAUAGCAGUUAUAUUGAUUUUCUAGCUCACUCAGAGUGAUGGGUCAGCAGCUUUUCUUGUGGUGUGCAUGGAUUUGUGUGCAUGCAGAUAUGUUUGCAAGGUAAAGUCUAUAUUUUUCUAAUUUAGGUCGAUAUAUCCAGAUUAAGAGUUUUUCAGUUUGAAGAGGUUGUGGCAAUGUAGGAUAGCUCCUGAAAAAGAUAAAUCAUUUCAUGUAGUUGUAACCAGUGUUGAGCUACAACAUAAUCUGUGAGAGUACUUAGAUUACAAAUAACAUAAUAGGAUAGUUUUGCAGUUAAGUCUAUUAUUAGUUCCUUGUUUAAAAAAAGUAACCCAUUACUGAAAACCCUAACUUAUUCCGCUUCAGCUUCCAUUGCCACAAAAAAGAAAGAAAAUCCUAGAAGCACUGUUCUUGAUUCUCUCUUCCCUGUUAGCAUAUGUGCCAGUGCAAGAUAAACUCAGCUACAUCAGUGCAUACGUAGCUAAUAGUUUAUGCUAGCUAUAUUGCAGAGAGGACAGCCUUACGUUGUGGGAAUAUCCCUGUUAUGUUGAUUUUAUUUUUACAAUAGGGGCAUCAAUAACAUAAUAGUGAAAUUUAAGUUCAAAUGCUUGCUUUUUUCAUUGAAAUGGUUGUGCCUGUGCUGCACAGCUGUUUCAGUGAGGUAUACCGUAUUAUGCACAGCCUGUGUGUAAAAUUGUAUGCCUUCAUUGUCAGCUUCAGAGCAUAUGCAAGAGCUGUAAAUAUUUUUACCAAUGUUACAUUUUUGUCAGGCUGCAAAGUGACAGACUGUAGGCAGUAUUCUAGACUGUAGAAUGACCAGUCUGAGUCUAAGUUAACCUAUUAAAAAGCAGGCAUAUAGUUGGCCGAUAUAUCAAUUAAAACAACUUGUUGUUUCUUCAAGAGCACACAAAGAUGUCUAUUAUCUAAAAGCUCCAUAAAUCCCUACAACAGUUAAUCAUUUGUGAUAAUGUCUUUCGACUUUCAUACUAAAAACAUGGAUAUAUUUCAGUGGUAAUUUAAUGCAACUUAAGUCAACAAAGCACUGGAAAAAUGUCUUGUGGGGCUUCGUCACCCAAUGUGAGAUAGCAAAAUAGGAUUCAUGAGCCUUUAAAGUGGCUUAGAAAUAAGAGCCACAACAUCUCUUCUUAUGUGACAUCAUAUGGCCACCACAGAAAGUCACAUCACCUAAAACCCUUCUUUUUGUGGUUUUAAGUAGAGAGGGGGAUCAUUUUAUGGCUGCCAACUGUGCACUGGGCAUCAAAGUUACAGUAAAUAAAAAGAAGGGAGGUUGAGGCUGACAUAUGACCAAGCCCUGUUUGACUCAGACUGAAAAAAAUGGCUUUGGUGGGAAAGUAUGAAAGGUUUGUUAUUUAUAGCUGCUGUGUUGAUGUGUGGUCAACCUGUAACCUCCGUGUCAUGGGUGGUGAACACCACCCAAACUUGUUCCUGUGUGGAUGACAUGGCCAGUGUGUGGAAACCUGGAGCAUGUCCAUGCGUGUGUGUGGGUGCGUUUGUUUGCAUUGUUUUAGGUUUUUUUUUCAUGACUAAAGCUGAAGGGGACACCAGUGUUAAAAAAACAGAUUUUAAUAGAAAAUAUUAAUAAUGGCGUAUAGACUGUGUACAGGGUAGUUAAACACUAUUAUUUCAUUUAAAAGUAAACAUUUGUUUGAAUAUUGCAACAUGAGAAGGAGAUAUCUGUAUAUGAAGAGUAUUAUAAAGUUUUAAUGUUAUUAAAAAAACAUAGUUGUUUUCUUACUGCUGUCUCAUUUUUUAUUUUGUUUUUUAGCAGUAUUAAUCUAAACAUGAUUAAGUUAGUGAAUAUGUUUUUUUCAAAGGGCCUGUUGAUAAAACCACAAACUUAUUUCUUGUUUUAUGCAUUAUUUGUCUUUAUUUUGAGUAAGAGUUGAAGACUUCUUUGGAAUAAAUUAUACAACAAUUUUGUGACCAAA